AUGUACUUUGUACUGAAAGCGUCCUUGCAGGGUAAAUUACCUCCUCGCCGUCCUGCACGGCCUAUGUUGCCGUCGAUGCCACCAAUGGUGCAAGCGCAACCAGUUUCAAACAUGCGAUUGCCAGAAAUUUCAUUAAAGCAGUUUUCUGGGAAACUUGACGAUUGGGUACAAUAUCGCGAUCCUUUUGUGUCGUUGAUUCAUAAUAAUCCGCAACUUGGGGCAGUUCAAAAACUACAUUAUUUGCGUGCAACACUUUCCGGUGAAGCGGCUGGCAUACUUUUGCCGCUCGAAUUAUCGGCCAACAACUAUACAGUUGCUUGGAAAAUUUUGCGGGAAGGGUACGAGAAAAAAAAAUUCCUGAUUAAACGGAACAUGUCUGGACUGUUAGCACUUUUUUCCUUAAAAAGGGAAUCGUCUUCAGGACUGUCGGAAUUGGCCGAUGAAUUCGAUCGUCAUGUUCAUUUGCUGGACAAACUUGAGAACACUGAGGAUCACUGGAAUUCUUUUCUCAUCGAACGACUGAGUAGUUGUUUGGAUUCCAUUUCGCUACGAGAGUGGGAAACUCAGACGUCUGAAGUGGACAGACCAACCUACAAGCAAAUUCUUGAUUUUGUGCACAAAAGAUCGCGAAUUUUACAAACCCUAACGCUCUCCCACAAUGGAAAUGCCCAUUCAGAAACAAAACCAUUUAAGCCUCGCCUCGCUACAGUCCACGUUGCGUCUCAGAAUAUUCCCAAGUGCCCAAGUUGCAAGCAAGCCCAUUUGUUGUUCCAGUGCGACCAGUUCCGCAACCUCACACCACAACAACGUUUUGAAUUCGUCAAGAAGCACGGGCUUUGCAUUAACUGCCUCAAAGGCAACCAUCUUUCGAAAGAUUGCUCCAGUGGCUCCUGUAAAUCCUGCGCCAAAAAUCAUUCUUUGCUGCAUUUGCCGCCCGUACCAACGGUGGCUGCUCAGUCUUCGGCAGGUAGAGGCCAUCUGACAUCUGCGCUAACAUAUCAGCCCGCAGAAGCAUUCAGUUCGCCAGUCGUGCAAUCGCCGGUCGCAAAUGCCAAUACGGUUGGGCAUUCGGUAGCCUCACCACUCGCCGUCCCGUCGUCGUCGCACUCGUUUUCGGUCGGUAUAGCUCCCUCCCCGUCGUCGGUUGAUAAUUUGUUCGGUAUCGUAACAAAUCACCAUCCAUAUACCUCCUGUCAAAGUACAAACGUGAAUCCGAAAGUGCGUAAUAAUAUUGUGAUGUUGUCCACGGCAAUUAUCAAAGUCAAAGAUGCAGAUAAUACUUAUCAAUUUGCCAGGGCACUCCUGGACAGUGGUUUUCAACCUAGUUUCAUCACCGAAGCUAUAUCAACGGCUUCGUUUGAAGCGUUCCAAGCUGAAUUCGCCGGUCAGUGGUAUCGACCAAUCCACCGUCACCGUGCAUCAUGUCGCUCGCUUCUCGCUUCGGGGAUUGAUAUUAUUAUCGGUGCUGAGCUCUUCUUUACCUUGCUCGAGAAUCAACAAAUUUCACGUGAGGAUGGAUACGCGCUUCUUCAAAAGACAGUUUUGGGAUACAUUGUCUGCGGAAAGGUUAUGGAGCCAGUUGCUAAGCCAAAUAGCGUACAAAGCAGCCACGUCUGCACAGACGAUCUUCUGGAUUCUCAGCUUGAACGAUUCUGGGAGGUUGAAAAUUUCGAUGACGGUAGAGCAUUUACCUCCUAUGAGCAAGUUUGUGAAGAUUACUACACUGAAACGGUUUCUCGUGGUUCGGAUGGACGUUAUACGGUUCGCCUUCCGUUGUGA